AUGGCCGAGCAAGAGGUCGUGUCCGCACCUGAUGAUGCUAGCCGGGAGAACGUUGAGACGGCCGACAGCGCAGGUAGCGGGCGGCUACAGGACCAACCCGGGGCAGCAGAUGAACCUGAACACGAUGUCGACGAGCGUAAGGCCCCUCCAUCGACACGAGAGUCAGAACUGGGAGGACCUACGUCGUCUCGUGGUGAUGAGGGUGGUGCUCCUCCUAGCAGUGCUGGAGCGUCAACUCGAAGAAGGGACAAGAAGAAGAAGGGAAGGGGGGGGGGGGCAUGUGGCGGAGAGCCCGCGAUGAGCGUUGAGGACCUUUUCGUUACCAUCUCUACAGUUCAGGUGAGCGGCAUCAACCCGCCACCUGCAAGGGUUGUGCUCACGCCGCGAUCCGCGGAGUCCUGCCUCAAGCAUGGAGUCAACCCAGAGAUCCUUCGCGUGCGUGAUCUCGACAGUUUCUGGGAGCCGGGGGUGGAGCCCGAGGUGCAGCGGAUGAGGCACGAGGCCUACAGUCAGCGCCGGCAUGAGAUGAUGCGCCUCUGCCGGCUGGAGAGGAAGAGGCUCAUCAACGCUGAGCAAAAGCAACUGGCUCUGUCUCACAUGGCCGGGGGAGCCGUGCUGACUCCUGCUCAGCUCUUGGACCAGCAGAAGAAAGCCAACGCCACCAUGAUUGAGCUGGAAGAGCGCAGGCUCGAGAAGAUGCAGCGUCGACAGGAAAAGGAGCUGGAACAGCUGCUGCAGUGGGAGUCGAAGCAGAAGAGGGUUCAGGAGGAGAACCAUGCGAGAGCGGAGAACGAACGCCGGAAACAGGAGCAGCGCCUGAGAGAGCGCAAUCGGCGGCAACGAGAGAUCGCCGAGGAAAGGCGGUUGCGCGAAUUGAAGAAGAAGGCGCUGGAGGACGCCGAGGAGGUACGAAGACAAGCUCUGGCGAAGGCGGCGCACCAGCGCGAGCAAGAGCUAGCGGACGAGCGAGAGCGAAGGGAAAAGCUCGCCAAGGCGGACGCCCGCAAUCGGGAGGAGGAGCGCGUCCGAAAGGCCGAAGAGCACCGCUUGCAGACGCAACGUAUUCUGGAAGACCAGCAAUUCAAGAUGCAAAAGCGUAUGGAAGAGAUGAAGGAGCAAGAAGCUGAGCGGCAACGAAAGGUGGAGGAGCAGCAGGCCAAGGAGAAGGCCGAUCUUAGAGAGCGGAGGUCGAGGGUUAAGAUGCGCAUCCAGGAGAAUCUCAAGAUGGCGGCAAUGGCUGAGGAGCAGCGAAAGGCAAACUUCUUCCAGAAGCACGGCGAACACGAGGAGAAGCGUAGGAUAGCCCGCAUGCGCUCCGAGGAAGAGCGGCAGCUGCUUGCGCGGCAGCGCUACCUCCAGGAGAAGAAGAGGAUGAUCAUUCUCGACGAAUCGCGGGCGGAGGAGCAGGCGCGCAAGGAGGCCGGUUUGGCCCGGAUUGAGCAGGAGGAGGAGUACCUACACCAGCUGCUGGAGCGCAGGGCUCGCGAACGUUACAUCCAGAAGGAGAGAAACGAACUGCAGAAACAACUCAAGAUGGAAAACGUCAACCGCAUCCAACGCAUCCAGGAGUACAAGCGGCUGGAGACCCUUCGUCAGAUCAAGGAGGCCGAUCGCCGCACGGAAGAGAUGGCGACGAGAAAGGAAGAGAUGAUAAACCAGAGGAGAAGAGCCGCCCUUGAGGCCAAGAUGCAGAAGGAGGAGAUAACACGCAUCAUGGAGAACACCAAACGCAACCAGAAGAAGGCGGCGAAGCUCAUUCAGAAGGCAAUGAAGCGCGGCAAAAGCCGUUCAGAUGCUCCGCGCAGAAGACGCCGACCUGCGGGAAACAACAACAACAACAACAACAACAACGACAGCAAUAACUGGUCGGACGAGAACUUUGAAGGCGGAAACGACGGUAGGUCGAGCUCGGCUAACCUUCCGGCGACCGCGGGCGGACAGAGCUCCGGAAACGACCGGAUAAAGAGCGCACGAGCGGCAACUCGAGCUCGGGGCGAGGUUGAUCCGGCGAAUAAAGUGGACCUCGGGCCGCCCCCUGACGCUCCCACUCUCGAAGCGCGGCUACGAGCGGCUGCACCGAGCGACCCGAGUCCUCAGCCGUACAUGUCGCCGUACGAAAACACCGCGACACCACAACCGUCAGCCACGGUCACGUUCUAA